CUAAAGGACCAGUUGGUCCUGGAUCUUGUCCUCAUUCUACUGUGAACCUUUUGGUGCCAUUCUCCACCUAAAAAGGUGGAGGACAUGGCAGAGGAAAUAUCAUGGAAGGAUCUCAGUGAUGCCAAUGUACAAGCAGCAUCAGGACCACUAAGUGUGAUGUGGUCUAUCUCAACUCUGGUAAAAACUGUGUGUUCCCUAAGCCACCUGGAGGAGAGCAACUUUGAAACACCUGGAACAAAGACAUUUUAUGAAGGCCUUGCCCAAAAUGACAUGCUUUAUGAGAGAAAAAGCAAUUAUAGGAUUGGCCUAAAAGAAAACCAUCGAAAGAGCCGUUCCACCAAGAAGCCUGCACAUCGUCUCACACUCCCUCGAUUUCCACUGAAGAGGAGAUGGAGUGAGCUGGCUCUGCCCACGUUUUUCACAACCUCGCCACAAAGGCCAAGCAACAAAGGCCAGGAGAGUGAUUGUCUGAAGACAGUAAGAACGUCUGAGGAGACAGAAAAUGCUGCAUCAUUUGGGGAAACACCUGAGGCUGAGAUAGAGGAGACCAUCACUUUUAGUACUACAACGCUGGAAUUACUGGGCGUGCUAGCCGACAGCAAAUGUGAAAUGAACCAUGAACCACAUGAUGAUGCCACCAUUAUGAAGAAUGAAGCAAGUGCAGAUUUGAGUGACCUUAUCAGCCAAAUGACAAGGGAUCUCACAUGUGCUGUGUCCCACCCACAGUAUGGGAACAACCGAUGCGACAUAGUCAAUGACAUAAUGAGUAUGGCAUUGCCAUCUCCAUCUCCAAAUGAGGAGCUCCAGGAGGCACCCAUAGCCUCCAACAGGCAAAGCAGAAGGAGCUGGAAAGGGGUGAGGAGGCAGCGUAGGAACCUGUUUGAAAGCUUAUGCUGCUGUCUCCUCACCCCAAGUACAAAAGACACAACAUCCAGGGUCGAAGAUGAGGCCCAGACCCGUGGUCCCUAAACCACAGGUCUGUGUUCGGCCUGGUGGGGCAUAAGAGACACUGGAGGGAACCAGGCCAGAACAGAAAGGAGGUGUGCCCCAAACCUCUUCUUCAUGCCAUACACCUCCAGCAACCUGAGAACAAGCAAUGUCAACAUCUUCCCAUGCAGAGAUGGAGGCUUGAUUUCAUUGGUCUGCAGCACUAGUGGCUGGGCAGUGAAAAUAGCCCAUUAUUCACCGGACAUGAAGAGGAAUGCAUCCUGCUCCACAGUCCACAGAAGGAAAGCCCCAAGUUGCUAUUGAAUAGAUGAGCAAUUCUUUACAGGACCAUGGAACAUCAGUGCCCAGACAACGCCAGCUAACUUGGCAAUUCUCUGAGGAACUCACACUGUGAAUCAAUCACUGGGAGGAGUUAAGGAGAACUCAGUUGCAUGGCUAGGCCUCUACUGUGAGGUCCCUGGAGAUGAGAUAAAGACAGAAGACCCUGGUCUAAGAAGGAGCUGGGCCUAUCUCCCAUGGCUUGUUCUUCUCCAUCUUCAUUUUUCUAUGACACACUACAGCAACAGCCCGAAUCCCUUGCAUCCUGAGGAGUGGCUUCAGUGUUUGUGUUACUAGCAUUAACGGGUACCAGAAGAUGAUGCAGGGGAGUCCUCCUCGGUUUGGGUUUGUCCUGCACUACUACUGAGACUCAGACAGGCAGCUGGGGUGUGGCGUUUCCAUUACAUUCUCGGAAUCCUCAGAACCCUCAAAACUGCUGAAAACCUACAUACUUCUGAGCUGCAGGUGGAGGGGAUGAAAAGGAUGGCAGGACCUAGUCGGGUCAAGAAUUUCACACUACAAUGGUAUAUCAUUUGGUGGUGGUGCUAUUCUCCACCUGAAAAGGUGAAGGACAUGGCAGAGGAAAUAUCAUGGAGGGAUCUCAGUGAUGCCAAUGUACAAGCAGUAUCCAGAUCCCUACAUUUGAUGUGGUCGAUCACAACUCUGGUCAAAACUGUGUGUUCCCUCAGCGACCUGGAGGAGAACAACUGUGAAACACCUGGACCAAAGGCAUUUUAUGAAGGCCUUGCCCAAAAUGACAUGCUUUAUGAGAGAAAAAGCAAUUAUAGGAUUGGCCUAAAAGAAAACCAUCGAAAGAGCCGUUCCACCAAGAGGCCUGCACAUCGUUUCACACUCCCUCGAUUUCCACUGAAGAGGAGAUGGAGUGAGCUGGCUCUGCCCACGUUUUUCACAACCUCGCCACAAAGGCCAAGCAACAAAGGCCAGGAGAGUGAUUGUCUGAAGACAGUAAGAGUGUCUGAGGAGACAGAAAAUGCUGUCUCAUUUGGGGAAACACCAGAGGCUGAGAUAGAGGAGACCAUCACUUUUAGUACUACAACGCUGGAUUUACUGGGCGUGCUAGCAGACCGCAAAUGUGAAAUGAACCAUGAACCACAUGAUGAUGCCACCAUUAUGGAGAAUGAAGCAAGUGCAGAUUUGAGUGACCUUAUCAGCCAAAUGACAAGGGAUCUCACAUGUGCUGUGUCCCACUCACAGCAUGGGAACAACGGAUGCGAAAUAGUCAAUGACAUAAUGAGUAUGGCAUUGCCAUCUCCAUCUCCAAAUGAAGAGCUCCAGGAGGCAAACAUAGCCUCCAACAGGCAAAGCAGAAGGAGCUGGAAAGGGGUGAGGAGGCAGCUUAGGAACCUGUUUCGAAGCUUAUGCUGCUGCUUCGUCACCCCGAGUACAAAAGAUACAACAUCCAGGGUCGAAGAUGAGGCCCAGACCCGUGGUCCCUAAACCACAGGUCUGUGUUCGGCCUGGUGGGGCGUAAGAGACACUGGAGGGAACCAGGCCAGAACAGAAAGGAGGUGUGCCCCAAACCUCUUCUUCAUGCCAUAUACCUCCAGCAACCUGAGAACAAGCUAUGUCAACAUCCUCCCAUGCAGAGAGGGAGGCUUGAUUUCAUUGGUCUGCAGCACUAGUGGCUGGGCAGUGGAGACAGCCCGUUAUUCACCUGGGCAUGAAGAGGAAUCCGUCCUGCUCCACAGUCCACAGAAGAAAACUAGUCAACUGUGAAUGCCCUGUGAAGCUGGACCUCAGCUAAUGUGAACAACAACGUUCCUCCUUGGAUCAGGUUUCAAAGGUGGAAGCCAUACUGUGCAGUUAUGCUUGCUCUGCCUUUUCUGUGAGCAUCUACCCUUCUGGAACUCACACUGUGAAUCAAUCACUGGGAGGAGUUAAGGAGAACUCAGUUGCAUGGCUAGGCCUCUACUGUGAGGUCCCUGGAGAUGAGAUAAAGACAGAAGACCCUGGUCUAAGAAGGAGCUGUGCCUAUCUCCCAUGGCUUGUUCUUCUCCAUCUUCAUUUUUCUAUGACACACUACAGCAACAGCCAGAAUCCCCUGCAUCCUGUGGAGUGGCUUCAGUGUUGGUGAUAAUAACAUUAAGUGGUACCAGCAGAUGAUGCAGGGGAGUCCUCCUCGGUUUGUCCUGCAUUACUACUCAGCCUCAGACAGGCAUCUGGGGCGUCGCGUUUCCAUUACAUUCUCGGAAUCCUCAGAGCCCUCAAAACUGCUAAAAACUUACACACUUCUGAGCUACAGGUGGAGGGUGAGGCUGUUAUCUGGGAAAACAGUGUUUCUCACACUGAAAUAGGCAGAUGGGGGAAGUAGGCAUAAAUUGUAGCUUCUGCUAAAAAAAUCAUUCCUGGUAGAAUGCUUAUAGGAGCCAAAGGAAGGAGAGAAGGAGGUUGCCAACAUCACUGUCACAGCAUCAGUUUUCAAGAGAGGAGAGACCCAAAAUGUUGGUGCUGGCAAUGACAGAGCAGUAGGUCUCCCACAAAGGUGCCUCCACCAGAUCAGGGCAAGCUGUGUGUGAGCAUCCAGUAGGGUGACUACUCUGAGGCACACCAGACUUACCUGAUAGUCUUCAGAUACAUAUACAUAAAUAGGCACAGAGAUGGCCCUGAGUUCACAUACUCAGUACCAGUGCCCUUCUUAAUUCAUGGCCAGAAUAAGAGUGCAGCUGACCUAUCAGUUCCGGUCCUGAGUCUCUGUAGAAGGCCAAGGUGGUUGUAGCUGAGGAGCUGUCCAAAAAUCUGGCCAUAGUGUUCAGUUUCAUGGACCAAACUCUCCCAAGUAGCCUUUUGUCCACAGCCCUGUAGAUGCCUAGUAGAGGACCUGAGCACCUGGGCCUUCCGCACCUCCACCAGCUUCUGGCCCUCACCCCAUGCAAAGUGCAAAAAUAUUGUUAGCCUCAGUAUUACUUCUGCUCUCCACUGUUUUCAAGGGCUGCACAAUAUGCUGGACAAAUUUUCCACCAUCGAGGCUUCUGACCUGAGGUGAAAUGUUUGUAGCCCAGACUGAACUACAGUUUCUCUGUUUGAAAAGCAAAAACAGUACACUGGUUGUCUUUACAAUGUAUCCAAAGAAGCAUCCAUCCAUCCAGGAUGGGCCACCUUUGGCUCAAUCCCCACUCAGUUUCAUCUGGUUUCUGCUGCUAGAUGUGGACUGUGACAAGGUGGCUGUGUUCAGUACCAGCAUUCACUGCAGAGGGACUCCAUUUACAGAGUACCUCAACAGGAUUGGAAGCU